GGUCUCUCCUAUAAAUACACGCCUAUAGAUGAGGUCUCAUUCCAUCUUACCUAGACAAGUCUUUCCGGUUAAAAGAGAAGGCAAGCAAGCCACAAUGAACAAGGCCUCCGCGUCUCAUCCCCACCGCAGCCAGAGAGCUUCAGAAGAAGAACAAGAGAAGAGAGCUGGAAAUUUUCAAGAAAAGAGAGCCGUGAGGUCUCAUGCCAUGGAGAAAAGCCCAGUAACCGAAGUGCAGGGGCUGGAGAGGAAGCCAUCGGAGGACAUAAACGCAAGCGCGGAUGCUUUCAUCAAGAGAUUCAGGCAGCAUCUGCUGAUCCAACGCCUGGAGUCGAUCGAGAAUUAUGAACAAAUGUUAGAAAGAGGGCUCUGAAAUCUCUCUGCUUCAUAGUAUUACUGUUUGCGUCAGUUCAUUAUUGAAUUGUUAUGUUAAUUUGCUGUGAUUUGUUUCUAUGCUUUAAUGAAAUUGCAAUUAUUAUGUGGGGUGUUAAAUUAAA